GAAAGGCGGAAGAGGAAGGGAGUGUUAUGGUAGUCAGGUGCAUCGCACAAGUGGUCCCGGCAUAGUCUUUUAUUCGUGUAUUGGCAAAUGAACGGCUUCUCCAGCAUGAUUGAACUAUCAGAAAAAGACAAACCUAUUGCUCAGAUGCUACUGAAUUUUGGAGCAUGCCCACGAUGCAUUUUCAGGUUCUGCCGUGUGGAACUACAGGCUCCAUACAGACGUCCUGAGAAGGAGUUGCUUUGUGAACUACGCACAUUCCUGCAGAGCAAUAGCAACGAGAGUGAAUCAUCUUGUGAAACGGUCCAGCCGCCAUGUAAAAGAAUUAGACUUGAGAGCCGCAAAGAAGAAGCUGAAGAACAGACCGCAAAUGGGAGCCAUCAGCUGACUGAUGCAGAAAACGAUGGAAAUGCGACUGAUGAUAAUUUAAGGCCUCCUCCUGUUUGCACCGUGUGCUUGGGAAUUCUGCAGGAGCUCUGUGAGAUGGAUUUUGUCAAAGCAGUCUGCCAGAAGAUCAAUUCUUCUGAAUAUCAGUUUUCCAGCUUUGUGUUCUCCGUGUCUUUCCCUCCGCAGCUUUCUGUCCGAGAGCAUGCCGCAUGGCUGCUGGUAAAAGAGGAAAUAGGGAAGCAGGACCUUUUAGUGGAAAAAGACGACCUUGUUCAGUUGAAGGAAGCAUACAAAUGGAUUAUCCACCCCCUGUUCUUGGAGGAGCUGGGGGUUCCUCCUGCUGAUGGAAAAAGCCUGUUUGAAGUGAGUGUGGUGUUUGCCCAUCCCGAAACAGAUGAGGACUGCCACUUCCUUGCCACAGCAUGUCCAAGUUGCUUCAAAUCAGCAAAAAACAAACAGUCCAUCUUCACCAGAAUGGCCGUUGUUAAGGCUUUGGAGUUGAUAGAUGAUGAUGAUUUUCUUAAGAACUUUCAAAGCCCUCCAAGUUCACCUAAGACUCCUUGCACAGCUGUUGACAUUCAGUGUACAAAUGGUGCAAUCUUUGUGGCUGGAAGAUAUAACAAAUACUCAAGAACAUUACCUCAGACGCCCUGGAUUAUAGAUGGCGAAAGGAAGAUGGAGUCUUCUGUGGAAGAGCUGAUCUCAGAGCAUCUGAUGACCACUUUCAAAGCAGACAGUUUUAACUUUUCAUCCUCUGGAAGAGAAGAUGUGGAUGUGAGAACACUGGGCAAUGGAAGGCCCUUUGCGAUUGAGCUGGUGAAUCCUCGGAGAGUGCAUUUGACUGCAGAGGAAAUGAGGGCACUUCAGCAGACAAUUAAUAACUCAUCAGACAAAGUCCAGGUUCAUGAUUUACAAAUUGUAACCAGAGAGGCAAUUGGGCAUAUGAAGGAAGGGGAGGAAGGCAAGACCAAAAGCUACAAUGCCUUAAUAUGGACAGAAAAGGAGAUACGGAAUGAAGAUGUAGCAGUUCUGGACAGUAUGAAGGAAUUAAAGCUUGAUCAAAAAACUCCCCUUCGGGUCCUUCACCGGCGACCUCUAGCUGUCCGGGUUCGCGUCAUCCACACAAUGCAAUCAGAGUAUAUAGAUGAGCAUCAUUUCCGGCUACGUCUAAAGUCGCAGGCAGGGACUUACAUCAAAGAGUUUGUGCAUGGAGACUUUGGAAGGACUAAGCCCAACAUUGGCUCCUUGUUAGGGACGACUGCUGACAUCUUGGAGCUGGAUGUAGAAUCGGUGGAUACUGAUUGGCCUCCUGCUUUGGACAAUUAAUGAAUGAUUAAUUUUCAAGAUGGGAAAGUGAAGAGCUGUCGUCCCACCAGCUGCUGGUUAGAGCACAACCAACCCUAUUUUGUGAGCCACUGGCUUCGCUGACUAAUUGUUAAUACAUUUUAGAUCAUGUUGAUCUGCCAAAGCUUUUUUUAAAAUUAUAAAUGGUUAUUUUUAAUUGGCUUUAAAAAUUCAGGAUGAAUGGUAAUUUGGAUUUAGAGCCUCCUUCCAAAAGAGAAAGGUGUCAUUCUUACAUGAAUGAAGAGGUAGGAUACAGCCCAAAGUAAAUGUAGACUUGUCUAGUGCUGGAUCACUUCUCAAGAUAAAUGUUUCAUAUGAAAGGAUGAGAAAGGGAAGAUCUGGAAAUCAGAUGUUUCAUAGGCAAAAAUGUACCACUCAUUGAGAAAUACCACACAUACCUUUCCUCACAAGGCCUUGGCAACCUUGGUAGGAAAAAGGAGAAACUUCUCUCCAUCCAGUAAAAUAAAAGCUUUUUUUUUUAAAAAAAAAAUCUGUUUCCUGUGUCUGCAGCACUUAAAGCAACAGCCUAAUCGUAGCAUAUUUUUUUUACAUUGAACUGCAUCAUCACCUCCUGCCAUAUUGCAGGUAUAAGGACUAUUAUACUCCAAAAAUGCAAAUGAGGUGUUUGCAGGAUGAUUCCUUGGAGUAACCGUAGCAAGUCUGUGCCAGGGAGCCGUAGCACAACAGCUGCAGACUUGAUCCCAGUGUUUGGAAUUAUUUACAAUGCAGACUGGUUGGACAGCUUUGCGGAUUUGCAUGCAUUCCCUGCUUUGACCUGUAUGCUGAACCUGUGCAGGAGUUUCACUGUGUUCAGUGGAGCUUAUGCACAGGUAAGUGUACGCACUCCAUAUAGCCUUAUCUCCCAUUAAACGAAGAAGAAAGCUGUAUGCACUGUAUUUGGAGGUCUUUUAAUCAUGAUGGAGCUAUUUGUAUCAUAUGGCUUCUGGAGGAGGCCAUAAUAUGAACAUGACAAACUUGUUGUCAAGGGGGCCCCUUUAGAGUUGUUUGACUGUGAUGUGGUGUUUAAUGCCCCCAAAAUAAUGGGGGAUCAUGUGAAACUACAUAGGAAAUUGCAAAUUUUUGUCACAACUUGUUACCAAAAAACC